CGAGAAAUAAUUUUACCGUUGGAUACUAGAACAUGAAAAAGAAUGACUUCCUCGUCAUGGAUCGUUGAUGCUGCUUUUUUUGGGUGCUGAUUUUAGUGCCUAAGCGGGCUUGCCUCUUGAUGACGCUCAUUGGGCUCUGCUGAGACCACAAUGGAACACAGUUGUAGCACGCCAUCGUGUAGUUCGACAAGCCCGGCUGCGAAUGGGUACACUACUACUACUACUACUAAUAGUUUCCGAUUCUAGGUGGGGAGGUGAUGACGAAGGAACAAUGAAAAAGAUGGGAGGUAUGUGCGUCUCUGCGAUCGUGGUGACAUCAGUAGAACAGAGGCGUGCACGAAAAAACAGGAGGACGAGGGACGAAAGGAGGAUUACACAUUAUCGCAAGACAACGAUUCAUGGAAGACGUGGUAUGCGUAGUCGUGUGAAAAGAAGAACAAUGAACGGCGAGAAGCAUGGCGGCACAGGUGAAUAUGUAGCAGCAGCGGAUACUGCCGAUCAUGUAGAACAAGUACGGAGUACUAGUUCUAAAAAUGGUGGGGAACAAGAAGCGGUGUUUUCACCGCCAACUGCAUCAGCAAUGCAUGGUGGAGAACAAGAAGUGGUGUCUUCACCGCCAACAAUGCCAUUGUCCUCUGACGCAGCUGCACCGCCAGCUGCAAGACCAUGUUCCUUGCCAAAGAAAGGAAUAGCGCUCCAACCGCGACGCUGUGCGCUUUUCCUAGCACUACUCUGCCUCUUGGGUAAUUGGCCGCCAUUUGAGGUUUUGUGGGGAGCUCCUUUUGUCGGGGAAAUAUCGGAGGACUCAUCGAGCAGUUCGUCUUACGCGAGUUUUUUCGAGGGAGAUGGAGAAGCCAGAGAGGCGGAAGCAGAAUGCAGGAGAUCAAAAGAAAGAAUAGAGCAACUUCCAUAUUCGAAUUGGGCUGUCUCAUCUUCUCGUAGGCACACUAGACGAGGACGUUGUCGAUCUGACCAUCUCCAUCUGGGGAGAACAUCUUCAUCUUCGAGAGGAACAUGUACAUCUUCGAGAGGAACAUCUUCAUCUUCGAGAGGAAGGAACAUUCCUCACCGACAUCGUUCUGCUUCUCCAGCAGCAUCCAUUUUCGCCUCAGCCAUCCGGUGUAGACAGUUCAAGCAUGUGGAGUCGCUGUCGCAGGUGGGAACGGACGUAACGCGGGAUGCGGAGUGUGGGGAAGAGGUCAAUAGUUGCGUUCUUUUUCGCGGACUCUACAAGUUAAUAGGGCAUCCCGUUGCAAAUUUCACGAAGUACUUCUGGGAUGGUGGCUGUGGCAUAAGACCACAAGAUCGAUGGUUUGAUAGCAGGACCAACCCCCAGUCGGAUGGGAAAAACCAUGUAACGGAAUUUACGUGUAACGGUACGAAUAUCCCUCUAGACGUGUACAAUGGUUUCCAAUUACCAUGUCCUUUGCCAAUCGAGCUCAACGAAACCGAAGUCGAAGAGGAGAUAAAUGCUUCGGUAUUUUCUUUUUGUGUAGUGGCUGGUAGUCACACUUUGGUUUCCACGUACUGUUACUUCAUUAGCUCAUCUUGAAUACCACUGAAUCAUCUUUCUUCGCACUUUUCUCACGCUUAGACGUCAUCAACUCGUCAAUACCAAGUGGUCUCAGACGACUAAGCCCACCGACGACUGUAAUCAAUGUGAACUACAUUGAAGAUUACAUUCUCUCUAACGACUAAGGGCAUAAGAACAUUGUGAUUACAUUCUCUCCAAAGGAGACGACUAAUAGUCCCAUACUUUUUACAUUUACCUCCAACACGGAACACCACAAUACAACACCCACAGUUGGUGAACAGCACGAGUACGACCACGACGACAACAUUUUCCUUGGAUGACACGUUGACGACGACCAAGCCACCCUUUACGUACGAAGUUGGUGGUGGUCCAACUAUGCUGCAGGCGGACCUAGAGGCUCAAUUUCCAGAGCGCUUCUAUCCAUUCUCCCGUCAAGGCGCUAAUCACAUGACAUACUGUGUACUUCUUCAUAUAAUGGGAUGUACAUGCAGUCGUGGUACUUUUUGCGGUGCAGCUUGGUGUGUCUCUCUUCGAAUGAGUUUUGGAUAAGCACCAUAAGUUUCUUCGUAUAACUCUCAUUCAUAGGGUUGCUCACGAAGGAAGCACUAUUUUUAACAGACUUCGCUUACUUUCAUUUCAUUCUCUCCCUCGACGUAAUCCAGGUGUGGAAGGAUUUCGAAAAUAUGGUUGGAACUUUGAUAGAGAAGCAGAUAGAAAACGCGACAAACGGCACGAACGAUACGCUGAAUUCUACGCCAGUAGCUGCGCCAGACGAAGUGUUGAGGAGAUUGGAUUAUGAUAUGUGACUCUCUAUGAUUAUAUGUUGUGACUCUCUAUAUAAUUUGCAAGCUCAAGAGGUAUAUUCCUCUAAUGAACCCAAGACGGCUUCUUGCGGUUGACAGACGACGGCGCUGUUGGCUCUGAUACUCCCCCGGAUGUUCUUACGGACACGGACUAGUAGAACUUGCUAAAUUGCAAAUGAAAGUUUCUAAAAUAUAUAGGAAUUUCUUUCCCAUCGAGUAGAAUAAAUAGGAAUUUCUUUCCAUGAUCUCUAAUCCUUGCAGUCCCCUAGUGCUUGCCCGUUACCUGGCUAGCGAAGACGUACAAGGCCUUUCUUGGUUGCGGCAUGCGCACCUUUCGCAGUAUCCGGAGACAGACAUUCGCCACAUGAGAAUCCAAGCUGUACUAGCGGGUGCGGAGCCACACCUGGUGGGGGCUGAUUUUUCCCUUGCCGCAACUUCGGGUUCGCGAGAUGGAGUUGUGGAAGAGCAGGGUGGGCCUUCUUCGAUAAGUAGUCGGCAGCUUUUGGAAUCAAGUAGUGUUAUUAAGGCUUCCCCUAAUCGAUCCAUCUCUGUAGGCAUCCCUCAAGCAUAUGGGCGCCAAUGCAGGGGAGACGCUGACGCAUAUGCUUGAGUGAUUUCCACAGGGAUGAAUAGGGGAGCGGUCUAAUAGUGCUCCUGGUGAAUUAGUAGAGUCCCGCAGUACUAGCCAGCCACUCGGGGGGGAACAAAGUAGCAGUAGUCAACCAGGUAGUGGCCAACUGCAAGAGUCUCUCUCCAAGCUCGGCGUCGAAUCCGCAAGACUCCGAGAAACAACAGAGAAGAGGACAGAGGACCAGUUCAGUCUGCCCUCAGUGCAAUUACCGAUUGAUACAGCACCGACAGAUCCGGCAUUAGUGAUAUCCGAACAAGCGAGUUCGCCGGAACCACCUCAGCCGACGUACGAGGACCUUCAAGACGCUUUUAAUAGUGGGUUACUCGAUGACUUGACUCCAGAGCAACGGUACUUGCUAGAGGCGAUUGGGGUGCUCUCAAUAAAUCCGGCGAUGUAUUUAAGGGGAGGAAUUCAUGAUUUUUUUGUGUGGUGCUCAUCUUGAUCAGAUAGUAGUCUUGAGGUAAGAAGUGUAGUUCAUAGGCGAUCAGACAGUCUCGAUCUUAGAAAGUGAACAGUCCAAAAGGUGGCAUCCAGAAUCCAUUGUCUAAUCUUCUACAACGAAACGACGGAUAGCUACGACCCUCAAGUAGCGGACCAAGUGCUGUGCACUACGGUACAGAGUUACUUCUUUUUCUCGACGUUGGCGUUGUACUAUUGCGAUGUAUGCUACUUGUUGUAGGCAAAUCCGAUGCGGGAAAGGGACGAGGGCGGCACGGCGAUGGAGCAGCUUUGUACCGGUGUCCUUCGCUGCUGUCCAAUGGGUGGCUCCCGCUGCCUCGCUUCCGAUCAGGCGCCAUUGGGGUAGCGAAGGAAAAGGCGCGGCCCCGGGUAGUUGCGAGCUAAUUCGGGGCGACGUGGGCCAGGCAGUGGCCACUGGGUGGAUUGAAUUGUCUCGCCAAGGCGCCGGCCCUCUCGUGCUUCUUUGCGAUUUUGGAGGGUAGACGCCAAGGGCAUGCGCGUUGCUUGGUUGGUGAGAAAUGGGGGCGAUCUAAUGCGUGGGCCGUUGUACAUUGCAACUGCUUGCAGGCAAACAGCAGGGAAGAAAACCGGGGAGGCCUUGAGAGGGAUCACGCACUCGCUAGGCGGCGCUUCCGCAUCGUGUGGCAUCCAGCCAAAGAGAGCGCGCGCAGGUGUUGAAGAUUGUGCGCGCGGCGCGCUCUCCAAACUAAUCUAUCAGCACGGUCGGCGCGGGGGGGGGGCGCCGGCUCUUGUGGCUCGGUGGACGAUUGUGGAAACGCUCCAGAAAAACGCGGCCCCGCGCGGGGUCCUCGAAGUGCCUCCCGGCUGGGCCGAGUCUUGGGGGCUGGAGGAGCGGCGAAACGGUAUGAAGAUGCAGGGGCAAGGGCGUGCGAAACAUCUGGGCCGCCACCUUUAUCCGCAGAACCUCCGAGAACGAGACGCCGCGGGGCUCCGCGGUGCCUGGUGGCGCUUUAGUAUUGUGACGGCGUUCCCUCGUUGUCGCGGUCGGUCAUUUGAUUCAGCCGGCCCCGCCUCGGUCGGGGCCCGUUGGCAUGCUGAGCGCUUCUAGCCAGCGCCUGCCCUGGUGCGCUAAAAGCGGCGCGGAGCGUGAGCACGAGGCACGGACACCGCGCGAGCUACCAAACUGGCACACGCUUAAAAAUCUGGGCAAAGAAGCCAGGGCAGGCAGUUCGUUGCUAGGGCGAAGGCAUGGGGCGCAGACAAUAGACACGGCGCGCGUGUGAAUUGCUCGGGUAUCUUGGUGCCUUGGCUCAAUGAAAGGCCCGCCAGCAUUCGAGGCGGCCAGCGUGUGCCCCUUUAUGAACCUACAGCAGCAAGUUGGGCGGGCGCCUUCCCGCUGUGUCGGUCUCGUGGUGUCGGUUCAACAGUUGGGACAGAACUGGCAAAUUCGCCCCAGCCAUGGGCGGGCGACGCUGUGCGGCUGGUGGAGGGCGGCGCGUCCGAUCUGUGGAUCCCAGCAGGCACUGUAGCGGAUGGUAUGACUCUGGGUGCUCCUAUGACUCUCGCGGAGUUGUUGAAACUGGGUGAAGCUUUCAGUGACCGCAUUCCAGAGUCGACGCUCGGUCUUUCUGCCAUCUACGUCGGACUUGACUGCAUGCUGGCAGUCCUGGGCUUCCUGGAAAUUCGCGUCAAUAGUGGCAGCAACACGAUGCAAGAUGCAAAGGACGUUGUCAACAGCCUGCGCGAGCAUCUGGAUGCUGGCUUGGGCAGCCGUGAUGCCCUCGUUGACCUCAAGAGCUCUUUGUUUCCGAUUCUUGCGAUCUUCUGUGGCUGCACGUCCGUGAUGCAGGACUACAAGACACUGACCGACUCGAAGCCAUCCGUUGACAAGAUGUCUAAGCUGUACAGGGCGCAAUACCUGCAGGGCAAAGCUCUGAAGGAGGGCCUCGAGGUGCUGACUGUAGACAACAACCUUGUCAGUGAUGUCAUCAGUGGCGCAAUGGACAGCUUUGCUGACGCUGUUCGCCAGGCAGUUGGCGUUGCUCCGAACUGGAACAUCGGUGGUGUCAUGCCAUAAGAUAGCGAUGCGAGCGUCGUAGCACUAACUGUCGUUCGUCAGGACCACGGCACCCAAAGUGGCAAUCCGCUAGCCCGUGCCGUGUACAUACAGGCUAGUGCAAAGUUUCACAACAUUGCUUUGGCCCAUGCUGUGGUUGCUGUACUGAAGGAUGCUAACGUUCAAGCUAGCUGUACUUCUCGCACGAGCCUAAGAAGCUAGGUAGAGAUCGGGUUGGAAGAUGGCAAGGAAUUGUUUCACUAGGGGAAUAUUGAUGAAGAAUUCGUUCGUCGAAAUAUCUUCAUGGUUGAAGCUGGUGGGAACAAUCAAGAUCUGAAUCCUACUAACUCGCAGUUGCAAGAUGAUAGAGUCGCUAGCGUCAGAAUCGUCUUGCAUACUGCUAAUCGUAGUUUCAGGUAUAUUAAAAAAAAAAAAAAAAGCUGCUUGUGGAAGUGGGAAGCCGCUGGGCCCUUCAUAUGCGGGGAGCUUGGGGCCAAUAAGGUGGAUCGUGCGUGGCUCCACCCGCGCGAUCGGGGUUCGUUGCUGCCGUGUGGCUUGGCAAGAACUUCGUGAACCGGUGCCCUUUAGGAUGAAUAGCGUGGCGAGCUACUAACUUGGCCGCGGCCUUCUUGGUUUGGUUGCCUUGGAUGGUAUGCAAAGGAGCAGAAGGGUGCGCCAGAUGCUUGCGCCCCAUCGUGGCAGCCGAACCCCAUCGCGCAUAGGGAACUAACAGGGAAGCGGGCGCGAGCGCGUGGCGCCCCCUUUGUUGAAUUUCAGCGCGCGUCUUCUCUGUGUUGGCUCUGUCUCUAAAGCUAAUCGAGCUCAUGCAGGCAUGUGAGCGAAUGCAACAUGUGCAAUAAAAGCUGCGCGUCAGCGUCAGGCCUUCCAAAUUUAAUUUCAGGUCUCCAACGCUACCUAUUUCUACAAUAUUCCUCCGGACGAUGGUUUCUAUUGUGGGCCCGGGCUAGUCUUGACAGUGAGAGCGCGGGACUUUUCGCACCGAGAGACCUACCUCUUCAAUCUCACCCGCGGUCUUGUCGAGUACCCAUACACGAAUUACGAGCUACCCAUGGAGCGCAAUGUGGUUGCGCAGUUUCAGUGCCUCACACCUCCACACUAUGCCUGAAUACUUGGUGAACGUGUCUGGUUUAUAAUUUAGUCGUAGUAAAGAUGACAUUGUCAUCUCCUUUUUGAAAUUGUCUGUCUAGGUAAGUAAAAAGGAGUAUGUAUGACACCGAUAAAACUUUUUGAGUUAUCAAGAUUGUACUUCUGUGCAAUAUUGUCUCUUAGGUGGUCUUAUAGGAACUGCAAGAGGGACACACACAUGACAUGGGUUAACUAUCACAGCUCUAAGCUGAACCGGUAGCCCUCUGCUUUGACCGAGCACCGCAGAACGGUGGACUGCCGAAUCCGGAAGCGCAGGAGCCCUAUGACUGCUUAGUCGAGUACGAUGCUGAGAUAUGCUUUUCCGAGAACUGCAACUUCGCAUACAGGAUAAGACGUGAGCCUAAACUUUAUCUGGUUUUGUUUGCGGGCGUCGUAAGUUUGUGGGGGUUUGUGUCUUCCUUUGUUGUAGGGGGAAGAGGACAUCGACGAGGCCGCUGAGGUCUUGGGAUGGUUUCAUGAUAGAUAUGUUGUUAUGUUUUUGUUAGUUGUCCUUGUUAGUUCGUUGAAUCUCCUCGUGCAUCUAGAAGUUGAUGUAGAAAUCAGUCGUGCGUAGUUUUCAAGUGAUGUAUACUACUUGUUGUUGGGCAAUUUUACCUCUUCUAUUCUCUGUGAUCUGGCUAUGUACCAUCGAUGGCAAUGAUAAAGAACAAAGUACUCUUUAUUUCAAUCAUGCUUAGUUACCAUCAUCUGUGCAUAGUCGUACCAUCGUCUGCAUUUAGGAGUCACUAGACCUCAGGAUUUGGUCAAUUUUGGAUAUGAAUCAAUGAAGUACUUCUACUCAGAAUAGAUGUGUCUGAAAUUAACUCACAUUAAAUCAAAUAAGAUUGUUCCUGUUACUCUAUGCUUCGCUUUGGAGGUCACCGAAAAAAUGUAAAAAUCUUGUUCACGUUGUUAUAUUCUGUUUAAUAUGCUGAACUCUGACUCAAUUAUAGUACCGAUGAAUACUUUGUAAAGAAAUACAAAACACAAGAUUGACCAGAAGAUAAAAAUGUCACAGACGGACCAAAUUUUUAGAGAGACUUCAUGCACAGAUCUUCCCUGUUUGCAUUCCUGCGCAGUUCCCUAUUUCCUAGACCCUCCGAUUCUAGUGUCUCUCUCAAAGAUUUGCGCACGGAUUUCCGUCUGGGGACCAGCGACGUACA